AAGCCUGGACGUGGAGGCGGGCGCUGACGCCGACUCCGUGCCUCGAGCUCCGCCUUGUAGGUUCGUCCCCUGCCCGGAGGAGGGCACGGUGGCUCCGAGCGUGUGGCGGGACUGGUGAUCACUCCAAGAGGCUCACCCGACCCGCCGCUCUGGCGCCCGCGCCUGUGGCACUAGAGAAAUCGGAGGUUCUCUGUGCGCCCUGCAGGCCGAAAGGGAUCCGGAGCCUUUCAACCCAUGGGUCCCCAGAGGUCGCUGAGAACCGCCCUUGGUGGCAGAGACUCUGAGAAGCUCAGUGGUUAGCGGCGCGGCUGCUGAUGUCCGCUCACUUGUGUUGGAACCCCACGUCCUCUGCUUCGUUGGGUGACGCGAGUCGCCGGCCGCUGCCAUGGACGCCUACUACAGCCCGGUGUCGCAGAGUCGGGAGGGCUCGUCACCUUUUAGGGCAUAUCCCGGCGGCGAUAAGUUCAGCACUACUUUUCUGUCCGCCGCCGCCAAAGGGCAGGGAUUCGGGGACGGGAAGAGCCGGGCUCGCUACAGCGCGGGGCAACAGGACCUGGCGGCACCCCUGGAGAGUAGCGCCGGGGCGCGGGGCUCCUUUAACAAGUUCCAGCCCCAGCCACCCGCCCCGCAGCCGCCGCAGCCGCAGUCACAGCCGCAGCCCCAGCCGCCGGCGCAGCCGCCGCAUCUCUACAUGCAGCGAGCCGCCUGCAAGACGCCCCCGGACGGCAGCCUCAAACUCCAGGAAGGCAGCGGCGGCCACAACGCGUCUUUGCAGGUCCCCUGCUACGCCAAAGAGAGCUCCCUGAGUGAGCCCGAGCUGCCACCCGACUCCGACACCGUGGGGAUGGACAGCAGCUACCUCGGUGUGAAGGAGGCUGGGGUGAAGGGGCCCCAGGAUCGGGCCAGCGCUGACCUCCCCAGCCCGCUGGAGAAGGCCGACUCGGAGAGCAACAAGGGCAAGAAGCGGCGGAACCGAACCACCUUCACCAGCUACCAGCUGGAGGAGCUGGAGAAGGUCUUCCAGAAGACCCACUACCCUGACGUGUAUGCGCGGGAGCAGCUGGCUAUGAGGACAGACCUCACCGAGGCCCGCGUGCAGGUCUGGUUCCAGAACCGGAGGGCCAAGUGGAGGAAGAGGGAGCGUUUUGGGCAGAUGCAGCAGGUUCGAACCCACUUCUCCACGGCCUAUGAGCUGCCCCUCCUCACUCGAGCUGAGAACUACGCCCAGAUUCAGAACCCGUCCUGGAUUGGCAACAAUGGGGCUGCCUCACCGGUGCCAGCCUGCGUGGUCCCCUGCGACCCGGUGCCAGCCUGCAUGUCCCCGCAUGCCCAUCCCCCUGGCUCCGGGGCCAGCGGCGUCACCGACUUCCUGAGUGUCCCUGGCGCUGGCAGCCACGUGGGCCAGACGCACAUGGGCGGUCUGUUCGGGGCCGCGGGCCUGAGCCCAGGCCUCAACGGCUACGAGCUCAGCGGCGAGCCGGACCGCAAGACCUCGAGCAUCGCGGCCCUCCGCAUGAAGGCCAAGGAGCACAGCGCGGCCAUCUCCUGGGCCACAUGACAGGGCCCUCCCGCCCCAUCCCCGCCUCGGGGCUCCGGCCGGGCCCGCGUUUCCCAGGCCCCCAGCCUCCCACUCGACUUUCCUCUUAGGAACCUGGCCUGGGUCAGAGGCCUGACCCUCAGCACUUUCAGCCACCCCCAGUCUGAGGCCCUGUGGACGGCUGGGAGGGAGGGGACAGCUGGCCCCUGCCCUUCCCGGGCCCCGAGGCCGAGACCCUUGCUUCUGGCCAGGGGCAGCGGAGGAGGCCGGUGGCCGAGUUUUGCAGCUUUGCAUCCUUUAUAAGCUGAAGACCCUUUCUCCCCACUCCUGCCCCCUCAGCCUGCCUGGUUUGACCACUGAGUCGAGUUUAGAUUCCUCUCGAGACCCAGCAGCAGCUACAGCGCUAUUGCAUCUCUCCUCCCUACUUCUGUGUGGUCCCCGGUCACCAGGCCCAAGACUGCGUCUGAAGAAAAGCCUCCUGCCCUCCUCCAGGAAUCCAGACCUCCUGGACCCAAGACACCUGUCUCCCUUCACCCAGGAGGGCGGAGACCUGUCCUGGCUGUCCCCUGUGCUGGACACACCCAGAGGGCGUAGGCAGAGGAGGGGGGAGCUGGAGCCCUAGAGUCCGGCUGUCACCCAGUGAUGCCGACAUCCAGGGGCAAGGGGGACGUGUUCCCAUGCCCUCGCACCCCGGAAACUCUGGAUCUGGAUGCAGGCCACCUGGGCGCCCGUGGUGCUGGAGGAAGAAGAGUUUCCAGGGCUAUAGGGAGGUGUCCAGGCAGGGGCAGGGGCUCGUGUGCACACUUCUGCUCUCCGGCCACCGGACUCCCCGGUGCGGGCAGGAUGACAGCAGCAGCGGGCAGGUUGGGGCAGCUCUGUUCUUCCAGGCAGGCCCCUCCAGGAGGAUGUCUCUCCCUCCCCCUGGCCACUCCCGGGGUCUGCUGAGCAGUGUUCUGGCGAGGAGAGGCAUGGCGGACACACAGCUGGGGCCUGGGGGCACGGUGGCAGAGGGUGGGGAGCAGGGUACGGGAUUUAUUAGAGGCCAUGUGUC